AUGGCGACCGUGGUGAUGGAGCAGAUUGGUCGCCUGUUCAUCAAUGCUCAACAGUUGCGUCAGAUUCCUCAGCUGCUCGAGUCGGCCUUCCCUACUCUGCCCUGCACCGUGAAGGCCCACGAUGUGCCCUGGGUGUUCCGUGAGCCUCACAUCAUUGGAGGCUACAGGCAGCCGGAACACAGCUGGCGCUACUACUUCCUCACCCUCUUCCAGAGGCACAACGAGGCACUCAACGUUUGGACCCACCUGCUCGCCGCCUUCAUCAUCCUGGUCAAGUGCCAGGAGCUGUCCGAGACAGUGGAUUUCCUCCGUGACCCCCACGCCCAGCCCCUGUUUAUCGUCCUCCUCUCAGCCUUCACCUACCUGUCGUGCAGUGCCCUGGCCCACCUGCUCAACGCCAAGUCCGAGCUCUCCCACUACACCUUCUACUUCCUGGACUAUGUGGGCGUGGCCAUCUACCAGUAUGGCAGCGCCCUGGCCCACUUUUACUAUGCAAUCGAGGAAGGCUGGCACGCCCGGGUGCGAGGGAUCUUCCUGCCCACCGCAGCGUUCCUAGCCUGGUUCUCGUGCUUCGGCUGCUGCUAUGGCAAGUAUGCCAGCCCGAGGCUGCCCAAGUUUGCCCACAAGCUAUUCCAGGUGGUGCCCUCGGGCCUGGCCUACUGCCUGGACAUUAGCCCCGUGCUGCACCGCAUCUACAGCUGCCACCAGCAGGAGGGGGGCUGCUCGAACCAGGCUGUGGCUUACCACCGCUACCAGGUACUCUUUUUCCUGGUGAGCGCCUACUUCUUUGCCUGCCCCCACCCAGAGCGCUGGCUGCCCGGGCGAUGUGACUUCAUUGGCCAGGGCCACCAGAUCUUCCACGUUUUCCUGGUGCUGUGCACCCUGGUGCAGAUCGAGGCGACACGCAUAGACUACAUUGAGCGGAGGCCCCUCUACGAGCGUCUCCACGGCAACCUGGCCCAUGAUGCAGUGGCGCUCUUCAUCUUCACGGCAUGCUGCAGCGCGCUCACUGCCUUCUACGUGCGGAAACGUGUGCAGGCGCAAAUGUGCGAGAAAGAGGAGUAG